AUCGCGUCAUCGCCGCCCGCCUACUGUAAUGGCGCUUCCGGAGUGGACCGUGUAUUUACUGUGUAUUGCUUCAGUCUGUGGCGGAUUUUACAUUUGUAGAGUUGUUAAAUGCGCCAGGAAAAGUGCGUGGAAAAACAGUCAGAUCGCUAAGCUGAUGGCUCGCUCAGAGAAACCGCUUUUUUGGAUUGCGUACUCUCUGUAUACACGGACCAAACUCGGGUACAUAUUUCACAAGAGGCAGAUGAAAAAAGCACGGGAACGGUAUCCCACUGGCCACUCCAGAGCUCAGCCGACUAUAAUAAAUGGCAUCAAGAUCAUACCGGUUCCCAUCUUAUUAGACAACUACAGCUAUGUGGUUAUCGACACUGCAUCAAAUACGGCUGUUGUGGUCGAUCCCGCUGACCCUCAGCCUGUUCAGGCAUGCCUAGAGGCAGAGGGGGUGGCUUUACAAGCUGUUCUCUGCACACAUAAGCACUGGGACCACAGUGGAGGAAACAGGGCUUUAAAAAGACGCUACAGCUCCUGUCGAGUGUAUGGGAACGCAAUGGACAACAUUCCAGGCCUCACACACCCCCUUUUAGACAAAGACACAAUAGAUUUUGGAACUCAACUACACUUCAGGGCCUUCUACACACCAGGACACACAGUGGGUCACAUGAUCUACUUGCUUGACGGCCGUGCGAUCGGUGGUCCCAGCAGCCUGUUUUCAGGGGAUCUGGUAUUCCUCUCUGGAUGCGGGAGAAUGUUUGAGGGUAAUGCCUCGACUAUGCUGUCCUCUCUGGAUACCGUGGGAUCACUGAAUGAUGAUACUCUGCUUUGGCCUGGACAUGAAUAUGCUGAGGAUAACCUGCUCUUUGCUGCUGACGUGGAGCCUGGCAAUGUUGUUCGGGAGCAAAAACUGCAGUGGGUGCUGCAACAGAGGAGCCAGAGACUGUGUACAUGUCCAUCCACUCUUCUAGAGGAGAAGCAGUAUAAUCCGUUCCUGCGGAGUCAUUCCCAGGAUCUCCAUCAGGCUCUGGGCCUGCAACAGAAGCAGGAUGAGGACUGGACAUCAUAUCGCGCCCGAGUUUUAGAGGAGCUGCGCAGGCGGAAAGACAUUUACAAGGACCGAUAAGAUGUUUAUCCCCUAAAAUUUGGAGGAUUUAACCAAUGAAACCAUUCCAACCCAAAUGUAUUGCUCCCUAAAUACUGUGCCAUCUAAUAAUAUUGGCAGCCUUGGUAAAUAUGAGCAAAGAGUAAAGGAAUUAACCUCUACUCUCUAGACAAAAUAGCUCAAAAGGGUUAAAAAGCCACUACUUUUAUUGCAAAAAUCUUCCUUUUUUUUCUUUUGAAUUAAAUAGAUUAGAGAUUAAAAAAUAAGGGAAUUUUUUACAGUACUCUUUUCUGAUAUUUACCAAGGGUGCUAAUAUUAGCGGAGGGCACUCUAUAUUAAGUGUGCUGGAUUUAAAACACUAAUGUGAAUCUU